CUAAUUGGGAUCCGAGAGGCCGAGGUGAGGGCCGGAGGAAGGCACAAAGGAGUCGCUGGGCGGAGAAGGGAGGGGAGAGGCGAGAGGAGGAGGAAAAAGAGGAGAGAGCAAAGCAGUGCGCGGUGUCUCCAGCUGCUCAGUUAGACUGCGGCGAGCUAGCGGGCAGGCGCGCCGCCCCCUCCCCCGCCCGGCCUCCCCAACUCUGAGGCCCCGAGCAAAGUUUGCAAAGAGGCGCGGGAGGCGGCGGCUGGGGCGAGGCGGCGGCGGGGAAGGCGCGCGGUCUCCGGGCUAGGGGCGGGGGGCGGGGGGCCGCCCCGGAGCCGGGUGGGGGGCGGCGGCCAGCAUGCGGCCCCGCAGCGCCCUGCCCCGCCUGCUGCUGCCGCUGCUGCUGCUGCCCGCCGCGGGGCCGGCCCAGUUCCACGGAGAGAAGGGUAUCUCCAUCCCGGACCACGGCUUCUGCCAGCCCAUCUCCAUCCCGCUGUGCACGGACAUCGCCUACAACCAGACCAUCAUGCCCAACCUUCUGGGCCAUACGAACCAGGAGGACGCGGGCCUGGAGGUGCACCAGUUCUACCCGUUGGUGAAAGUGCAAUGUUCGCCCGAACUGCGCUUCUUCUUGUGCUCCAUGUACGCGCCGGUGUGUACCGUGCUGGAGCAGGCCAUACCGCCGUGCCGUUCCAUUUGCGAGCGCGCACGUCAAGGCUGCGAGGCGCUCAUGAACAAGUUUGGUUUCCAGUGGCCCGAGCGUCUGCGUUGCGAGCACUUCCCGCGCCACGGUGCGGAGCAGAUCUGCGUGGGCCAGAACCACUCCGAAGACGGCUCGCCCGCGCUGCUCACCACUGCGCCGCCGCCGGGCCUGCAGCCGGGUGCUGGGGGCACCCCAGGCGGCCCGGGCGGUGGCGGCUCGCCCCCGCGCUACGCCACGCUGGAACACCCGUUUCACUGCCCGCGUGUCCUCAAGGUGCCGUCCUAUCUCAGCUACAAGUUCCUGGGCGAGCGCGACUGCGCGGCGCCCUGUGAGCCGGCGAGACCGGAUGGCUCCAUGUUCUUCUCGCAGGAGGAGACGCGUUUUGCGCGCCUCUGGAUCCUCACCUGGUCGGUGCUGUGCUGUGCCUCCACUUUCUUCACCGUCACUACGUACCUGGUGGACAUGCAGCGCUUCCGCUACCCCGAGCGGCCCAUCAUCUUUCUGUCCGGCUGCUACACUAUGGUAUCGGUGGCCUAUAUCGCAGGUUUCGUGCUCCAGGAGCGCGUGGUGUGCAACGAGCGCUUCUCCGAGGACGGCUACCGCACGGUGGUGCAGGGCACCAAGAAGGAGGGCUGCACCAUCCUCUUCAUGAUGCUCUACUUCUUCAGCAUGGCCAGUUCCAUCUGGUGGGUCAUCCUGUCGCUCACCUGGUUCCUGGCGGCGGGCAUGAAGUGGGGCCACGAGGCCAUCGAGGCCAACUCGCAGUAUUUUCACUUGGCCGCAUGGGCCGUGCCGGCGGUCAAGACAAUCACUAUCCUGGCCAUGGGCCAGAUUGACGGCGACCUGCUGAGCGGCGUGUGCUUCGUGGGCCUCAAUAGCCUGGACCCGCUGCGGGGUUUCGUGCUGGCGCCGCUCUUCGUGUACCUGUUCAUAGGCACGUCCUUCCUCCUGGCCGGUUUCGUAUCCCUCUUCCGCAUCCGUACCAUCAUGAAGCAUGACGGCACCAAGACCGAGAAGCUGGAGCGGCUCAUGGUGCGCAUCGGCGUCUUCUCGGUGCUCUACACGGUGCCCGCCACCAUCGUCAUCGCCUGCUACUUCUACGAGCAGGCCUUCCGAGAGCACUGGGAGCGCUCUUGGGUGAGCCAGCACUGCAAGAGCCUGGCCAUCCCGUGCCCAGCGCACUACACGCCGCGCAUGUCGCCCGACUUCACCGUCUACAUGAUCAAAUACCUCAUGACGCUCAUCGUGGGCAUCACGUCGGGCUUCUGGAUCUGGUCCGGCAAGACGCUGCACUCGUGGAGGAAGUUCUAUACACGUCUCACCAACAGCCGGCACGGCGAGACCACCGUGUGAGGGGGUGUCCCAGGGGCCGGGGCCACACCGCGCUUUCCUCCUCUCCGGGGGGGGCUCCUACAGACUCCUUAUUUUAUUUUUUUAAAUAAAGAACAAUCGAAACCAUUUAUUUUUUAGGUCGCUUUUUAAAGAUAACUCUGCCCACCACCCCCACCAGGUUUGUAAUUAAAACUGUAAAUAGUCUUUGUAAAUUUAAUUAUAUAUUUUCUAUUUAAAAGAAAAAAAGAAGAAAAAAAAAAGGAACAGCAAUGGGCGCCAGGGCUGAGGAUUGAAGGGAAGGGGAGUUGAAGGGGUUCUCGCCUUUCAAAACUACACCGCACUUUGGUUCAGAGUUUUUGGUGAUUUGGCAGGGCUGAGCCUGCUGGAAGAGGUUUGGCUAGUUUGUUACAUUCAACUUCUAAAGCCAAAUUGGUGAGCCUUCUCACUGAAGCUGGGUCUGGGGAAGAUGGUGGAUUUUUUUUUUUUUUUUAAACAAGACUUGGAUUCUUGUUUUAUUUCCCUCCCCCCCUCCCCCUCUUUCUCUCCUCACUUGUCCUGUUUCCUUCACUAGAUCUUUGGAACCCUCCCAACCUAGAUGAAGAUGUGGAAAAAAAACCCUACGGGUGGGGUGGUGGGGAGAGGGCGGAGAGCGUGUGUGGAAUGGUCUCCACCCGCUGGCCCACUCCCCUGCAGGCAGGAAGAUCUGUCUCCUCAAUUUUUCUUCUUUUCAACUUGAUGCCCCAAGCCCUUGGAGUGGGCCCAAAGUGCUUUGUGAAGUGUGCUUUGAAACAACCCCCCCCCCACACACACACACACAUACACUACCUUGAGUAUCCAUCCUGAACCCUUACAUUUUUAGGGGGAGCAUUAGCUCACAAAUGUUGGGGUUUGGUGAUGUCCUUGCAUCUCUCCCCUAAUUUCCCCAGCAGACUGUGCCUCAACCCCACUCUCUCAACGAGUAUCUUCUCAAGCUUCAGGUUUGUGGGGUGGUUUGGGUGUUAUGUGUGGGUUUUUGUUGUUUAGGGUUAUUUUUUUCUAAAAGCAAUAAAAAGUGGGUUGGGUUGG